UUAGUUUAAGACGAUCUGUGUAAAACGUGAGUACGAGUACAGUUUUUGAACAUUUUGAUUCUGGAAUGUCAAAAUCAUUGUUUAGUGUACCUUUUAUUGCUUAAAAUUCAUUUAGGUAGGAACAGACUAUGGGUAAAUCAAAGAAUUUACUUGAAAACGAAAGGGAACAAAUCGUAAGGCUGCGAAAGCAAAGUAAAACCUUCACCGAAAUAGCAAAUAUAGUGAACAGGUCAGAAACAGCUUGUAAACAAGCUUGGUAUAAAUGUUUAAAGACAGGCAUGUAUUGCGAUCAACCGAAAAACGGAAGACCACGGAAAACAACACCGAAAAUGGAUCGCCGGAUUCAUCGAUUGAGCGAAAAGGAUCGUUUUCGUAGUGCAAAUAAUAUUGCUGCGGAGAUAAACUAUGAAAACGAUACACAAAUUAGUGCUAGAACUGUUAGGAGAAGAUUAGAAGACUUUAACUUAAGAGGACGAAAACCCCAAAAGAAACCACUGCUGAGUUCUAGGAAUCGAAAAAGACGACUUGCAUUUGCUAAAGCUCAUAAGCAUUGGACAAAAUUUGUGGAGCAUCAUAAAAAAGACAGUACAAGGUUAUAAACCGAAAAAUUUAAAUGAACUUUACUCUACGAUUGAAACAGCCUGGAAUAAUAUUACGGUAGAUUAAUAUAAAAAAUUAAUAGAUUCUAUGCCAAGAAGAUGUACCGAAGGGAUAAGAAAUAACGGAUAUUGAACAAAAUAUUGAAUUUAAACAAAAAUUGUGUAUAUUUUUUAACCAA